AUGAGCGCAGAAGAUACCAAGCCUGCUGAAGGCAUCGCGGCCCAAGGCGAGGCUCCCAAGGUCAAGCCAGCCCCAGAAGCUGAGACUGUAACCACAGCCGCUGUCCAGAUGACAGAUGCUCCCGCUGCUGCUGCUGCAGUGACCGAGACCAAGGCUGCAGACGAGGCCAAGGACAAGGACCAGGUCAUGGAAGAGACCAAGGAUGAGGCCAAGGACGAAGCCAAGGACGGGAAGAAGGACGAUGGGGACGAGAAGAAGGCCCAGUCCGUUCUGAACCCUCCCCAGAACAUGCUCAGAGUACAACGCGGAGAUUCCAAAUUCGAGAAGCGAGCCAGCAAGUUCGACCCUACUGUGAAGGGCGAGUCUUCCGAUCCUCACGAGAUCCGCACUCAGGUUCAAUUCUACUUCGGCGAUACCAACCUUCCCACUGAUAACUACAUGAUGGAGCUCACUGGCGGCGCCGAGAACAAGCCCGUCGCCCUGUCCAAGAUCACUUCCUUCAAGCGCAUGCGCCGCUUUCAGCCGUACUCUGCGGUAGUGGCCGCCCUCAAGGAGAGCAAGGUGCUCGUCAUAGAAGGAGAGGAAGGCCAGGAGACCAUCCGGCGACAGAAGCCCUUUGAUCCCGACAACGAGAAGCGCAAAAAGGCUGAUGAGCAGAGCAUCUACGCCAAGGGCUUCGGCACCGAGGAAGCCUCGACGCAAUUCGACAUUGAGGCCUUCUUUGCCCAGCAUGGAGAGUUCAACUCGGUUCGACUCCGUCGUGGUGACAACAAGGGUUUCAAAGGAUCCGUGUUCGUCGAGUGGGCCGACAAGGAGACUGCCGAGAAGUUCAUGGCAUUGGACCCGAAGCCCCAGUGGAAGGGGCACGAUCUACUGAUACUUUGGAAGCUGGACUACAUGAAGGCCAAGAACGAGCUGAUUCGCGAUGGCCAGAUUGACCCCCAGAAGGGCAGCUUCCGUGGCCGGGGUCGUGGUGGGAACUUUCGGGGCCGUGGUCGAGGAGGAAACAGCGACGUCGACUCCAAUGAUUGGAAGAAGCGCAGAGAGGAGGACCAGAAGAAUGGCUUUGACGGCGAUCGUCGCAAUGGGCGUGACCAGCGCGGUCGGGGUCGGGGCCGAGGCCGUGGCCGUGGACGGGGAGGCAACAACCGUGGCCGCGAGGACCGCGAUGGUUACCGUGACCGGGAAGAGGUUGUUGAGAAGAAGGCCAUUGACUCCCGCGAUGCUGGACGUCCCGUCAUCCAAAUUUCCAGCGAUGCCAAGAAGGCAGACGCAAGCAAUGGCUCUCCCAAGGCGAACGCAAAGCGUCCCCGGGAAGAAGACACCAACGAUGGACCUCAAGCCAAGAAGGUCGACACCAAGGAGACUACUAAGGCAGCAUAA